AUGGUAAAGCCGGGGCUCACCGGAAACGGAAUUCUCUUUCUUUCUUUCUUUUUCUUUCUUUAUUUUCUUUCUUUUUUCUUCCUUUCUUUAUGCCUUCAUUCUUCCCUUCCAUUUCUUUUUGCUUUCUUUGUUUCUUUUUCUUUUUUACUUCCUUUUUUCUUUCUUUCCUUCCUCUAUUUUUCCUUCUUUUCUUUCUUCCUUCCUUUCUUUCUUUCAUUUUUCUUUCCUUUUUUCUUUUUUCUUUCCUUUCUUCCUCUAUUCCUUCCUUCUUUACUUACAUUUUUCUUUCUUUCUUUUCUCUUUAUUUCAUUUUUCUUUCUUUCUUUCUUCCGUUCCUCCUUCUUUCCUUCCUUUUUCUUUUUUCUUUCUUUCUUUCGUAAUCUAUUUCUUUUUUCCGUCUCUCCUUCUUUUCAUUCUUUCUUUUAUUCCUUUCUUUUUCUGUCUCUGUCUAUCUGUCUGUCUCUAUCUCCAUAUCUAUCUAUCUAUCUAUCUAUCUAUCUAUCUAUCUAUCUAUCUAUCUAUCUAUCUUAA